AUGCCGAAAUCUGAGAGCAUUAAAAAAGAAAACAUAAGAUGGAUGAUUAAUUGUGAUAAACCUACACCCCUUGCAUUCUAUCGAUAUAUAAAACCAACUCAUCAUAACCGUGCAACUAAGAAGUAUCGUAAUACUCUUAAUUCAGCAUUGGAGUGCAAUCCUAAAAAUAAGGAAAUACAGAAGAGGCUCACAAAAAUGCGAAACAAGUUUGAUGACGGACAAUAUGAACAAGACUGGGAAAUUUGGAUACAAGAGAAGAGAGCGACUCGAGUUCACCGUUCGAUUCAAGAGACCAAUGAGAACGUCCACAAAAAAUUCAAUUUGUUAGUUGAAAGUCAGAGCGUUAUUGUCGAAGUUGAUGGCGAUCAAGGUGAAAAGCACAACAAGCAACAAUCACAAAUAGACAAUGGAUCUGAUGAUAUUGCUGAUAUUAAUAUAGUGGACAUACUAAACAAUGCAGUUGAAUAUUCAAAGGCUGCGAAGGAGAUUUGUGUGGUCCAUACAAAAUAUCAUCCAAAUGAUGAAGUCAUUGACCUCCGUUCCAAGUCUCCCUUUCUGAUGCAGCUCUCAAUGCCGCUGGUGACCUCAUACCUUUCAGAAAUUGACAAGACAACUGAAGCUCUGAUUCCUGAAAAUAUUCAUGAUUUUCUCACAAUGUUUUUCUCGCAAGAUCUGACCGGUUUAGAGUGGCAAAACAAAAUCGACGAUCUGCAGGCUCCCAACAAAAAUGACAAGAUAAUGGUGGGAGUGAUACGAACUUUGCAACGAACCUUGCCACAGUUUAUCAAGGCGUUUUCUCUUGGAACCUGUAACCCUCUGGUCAAUGCCGCAACGAUCGAAAAGUCGCACUUAAAUGCCUUUGUGCACCCAUGUCUCGAAGCAGCUCUCUGGCAUAUAGCUCAGGUACAUUACAAAUUCGGAGAAAUUCCAUCAAAAAAUCAUAUUGAUCGCAAUUGUGCAGAUGGUGCUGGCUUCAUGACAAGUGCAGAUAAAUUUCAACUUGUGUAUGUUGAAGGUUCGAGACCUGUGGCAAAGGAUGAUAAAGAUGCAAAAAAAAUAAUGAAAAAUUUGAAGAACAUUUUCACCAGUAUUGUCAAGGAAAUCAUCAACAAUCGAAGGCAUAUACCAAGCAGGAUAGCCGUAUUUGGCGGACAGAGCUUCCGGCUCCAGCUCCAUUUGUAUUAUCUUGAUUACUGUGGUAAAUACCGGCUAAAUGAGGUCGACAAUGCUAAUCUUCCCCGUGACUUUUCUGAGAUGUCAGAUUUUGUCUGGUAUUAUGAAUGUGUCUUGAAAUGGGCUCUACUGGUAUGUAAUGUAACACAUUCUUUUAAGGAAGCAAGAACAUUAAAGAGACCCUCAAGAUUGUCAUAUGCCAAAAGCCUUCAUCUUGUUAAGGACAUGUGA